AUGCCCUCGCUCGGGGACCUGGUGCGGGACUGGCACCGGGGCGCGCAGGCCGUGGCGCGUGGGGACUGGGACUACGCCCUGCGACUCUUCUCGAGCGUCCGGGAGCCUCCCGCCAGGAUGAGCUUCAACGUGGGCUGCGUGCACCUGCUAGCCGGGGACCCGGAGGCCGCGCUGCGGGCAUUUGACCAGGCAGUGACCAAGGAUGCCUGCAUGGCUGUUGGCUUCUUCCAGCGAGGAGUGGCCAACUUCCAGCUGGAGAGGUUCCGGGAGGCCCUGUCCGACUUCCAGCGGACCCUGGCACUGCUGAGGGACAAUGCCGCCAUCGACUACACCCAGCUGGGCCUGCGGUUCAAGCUGCAGGCCUGGGAGGUACUCUUCAACGUGGCUGCAGUGCAGAGCCAGCUGGGGCUCUGGGCGGAGGCCACCCACAGCCUAGAGGAAGCCAUCUCCAAGGGGCCGGAAGGGGCCCGCGAUGACCUGGACAUCGCCCUGGGCCAAGUGCAGAAACAGGCCUCCCUGCAGCCUCGGCAGGUCCCCAGGGGUGAGGUCUUCCGGCCGCACAGGCGGCACCUGGAACACCUGGAGCCCGUGGAUUUCCUGGGCAAGGCCAAGGUGGUGGCCUCCGCCAUCCCUGACGGCCAGCACGAGGACGCCCGGCCUCAGCAGCCACAGCUCAGGGCUCUCCUAGGCCCACCUUUCCCGGAGGACCUCGACCUCCGUGCUGGCUGGGUGAGGCCUGAGGACGAGGACCCCUCCCCCUUCCCUGCAGGGCCCGUGACACAGGCCCCUCCAGACCUGGUACCCGCUGUGGCCCCAGGACGCCCCUUGAUGCGGAGAUGGAGGUCAGCUCUGGCCAGGCUGGGCGGGCUGACCACGGCACACUGGUCACCAAUGAUGAGCAGGCUGUCUUGCAGGCCAUGCCCCUCACCACUGGCUCUGCUUGGACAGUGUCUGGGCACCGCCCCCGACGAGCUCCAGGCCCAGGGAAAGCUACCUCCGCCCUCAGGGCCCCACCCUGGCCGGCAGAGCCCCAGCCUGUGGCUUUCCUUGCAGAGGCCCCACGUGGAGCAAGCUGGCCAGUGGGUCCUCCAGUCCCUGACUCCUCCCCGCCCCGCAGGGCUGCUGGCGGAUGGGGGGCCGGGCCCUGGCUCCUCUGAGGAUCCUGCAGGCGCUGGGGGUAUGGCUGGAGGGGGCCCCGAGUCCUUGGUGACCUUCACAGUGCAGUGCACCUUCACCCUGGCCCUGAGGGCCCCAAGAGGAGCUGACCUGUCCAGCCUGCGGGCCCUGAUGAGCCAGGCCCUCCCUCACCAGGCCCAGACUGGGCAGCUCAGGCGUCUCUUUGCAGUUACCAAGACCCUAGUGACAGCAGGGGCUGGGUGCCCCUCACCGGGGAGGAGGCACUGCAGAGGGCCUGGCGGGGCGCGGCUGCCGGCCCUGGGGAGCUGCGGCUACAGUGCCAGGGAGUGGGCGGCCGGCCUGUCCUCUACCAGGUGGUGGCCCGGCACGGCUACUCCGCCCAGGGGCCUGAGGACCUGGCCCUGCAGCCGGGAGACACUGUGGACGUCCUGUGCGAAGUGGACCAGGCGUGGCUGGAGGGCCACUGUGACGGCCGCAUCGGUAUUUUCCCCAAGUGCUUCGUGGUCCCGGCCGUCCGGCGCACAUGAGGAGCUUGGCGCUAAGAAGUCCGUGGCGAUGAGGGUUUAA